AUGGGGACCGAUACAAACACUCGAACAAAGGACUGCUCCUGGUUGGCUUUUUAUUUGGCUCUGCUGCUGCUGCUGGUCGGGAAACAGGCUUUGGCUCAGAUAAGGUACUCUGUUCCCGAGGAGGUACAAGACGGAACUGUUGUUGGAAAUGUUGCCAAGGAUCUUGGCCUUGACAUCACCUCUUUGAUUGCUCGACGGUUCCGUGUUGUGUCUGAAAGUAAGGACGCUAUUUUUGAAGUAAACCAGAAUAAUGGAGCACUGUACGUCAACAAGCAUAUUGACAGAGAGGAGCUGUGUCAGGGCAGCGGUGCAUGUCUCAUGGAGCUAAAAAUCCUUGUUGAAAACCCUCUGGAAAUACACUAUGUAGUUGUAGAAAUUACUGAUAACGACAACGCUCCAGUCAUCCUGUAUCCAGUCAGCUCCAACGGUUCUGCUGAAGGUGUGGAGGAGAUUCCCCGCAAUGUCAACGCAGGACACUUGGUGACUAAAGUCAGAGCCUAUGACGCUGAUAUAGGAUAUAACGGCUGGUUACUCUUUUCACUGCAGGAAGUCACUGACCACAGUCUCUUUGCUUUGGACCGCUAUACAGGACAGAUCAGAACACUUCGCUCAUUCACAGAGACAGACGAGGCUGAGCAUAAACUGCUCAUACUGGUCAAAGACAAUGGCAACGUUUCACUCUCAGCAACAGCUACUGUCAUUGUCAAACUUGUGGAGCCCAGAGAGGCUUUUGCAGCUUCUGAUGUUAAAAGUGCAACUAAAGUUGACGAGGAGGACAAUGUGACAUUUUACCUCAUGAUAACUUUGGGCUCAGUUUCUCUACUUUUUAUCAUCAGUAUCAUCGUGCUGAUUGCAAUGCAGUGCUCCAAAUCCACAGACUAUACUUCCAAAUAUCUCCAAGAGGCUAAUUAUGAUGGGACACUGUGUCACAGCAUCCAGUACAGAUCUGGAGACAAACGCUACAUGUUAGUUGGACCCAGGAUGAGUAUAGGAUCUACUAUAGUCCCUGGCAGCCAUGCCAACACACUAGUGCUCCCUGACAGGAGGAGGGGAUCUGGAGAGGACUGCUCCUGGUUGGCUUUUUAUUUGGCUCUGCUGCUGCUGCUGGUCGGGAAACAGGCUUUGGCUCAGAUAAGGUACUCUGUUCCCGAGGAGGUACAAGACGGAACUGUUGUUGGAAAUGUUGCCAAGGAUCUUGGCCUUGACAUCACCUCUUUGAUUGCUCGACGGUUCCGUGUUGUGUCUGAAAGUAAGGACGCUAUUUUUGAAGUAAACCAGAAUAAUGGAGCACUGUACGUCAACAAGCAUAUUGACAGAGAGGAGCUGUGUCAGGGCAGCGGUGCAUGUCUCAUGGAGCUAAAAAUCCUAGUUGAAAACCCUCUGGAAAUACACUAUGUAGUUGCAGAAAUUACUGAUGUAAAUGAUCACUCUCCUAGUUUUCCUGAAAAAGAACAGACAUUUGAAAUAGCUGAGCAUACAUUACCAGGAAAGCGAUUUAAACUACACACUGCUCGUGAUCCCGAUGCUGGAAUUAACUCUAUUCGUACAUACACUUUAACAUCAAAUGAACAUUUUGAAAUAAAAAUCCGACAAAGCGAAGAAGAUAAAAUACCAUUUUUAGUGCUGAAGAAAUCGUUAGACAGAGAACAAAAGAACAAACACACGCUGCUGGUUACAGCAGUUGAUGGAGGCAAACCUCCAAGAUCAGGGACACUGAACGUUUCUAUUAUUGUUCUUGACAGUAAUGAUAAUCGCCCAAUGUUUAGUCAGGAGAUUUACCAGAUUUCUAUCAUGGAAAACGUUGCAAUCAGUACGUCAGUCUUUAGAAUGAAUGCAACGGAUCUCGAUGAAGACAGUAAUGGAGAAGUUGAAUUCAGCCUCGGAAAAACCUUGCGGCGGAAAGUUUAUGAUAUUUUUGAACUGGACAAAUUAACUGGAGAGAUUAGAGUUAAAGGGGCAGUGGAUUAUGAAGAAAACGAUGUAUAUGAACUGGAUGUAGAGGCUUCAGAUAAAGGAACACCUCCACUGACAGGUGAGUGUAGAGUCAUUAUAAAGACAAUCGAUGUCAACGACAAUGCGCCGGAAAUAGUAGUCACAUCACUUUCAAAUACAGUGUCUGAAGACUCAAAGCCUGGUACAGUUGUUUCGCUCAUCACUGUGAGGGAUAAAGACUCCGGUGUGAAUGGAAAAAUUAUUUCGCUCAUAUCGAAUGACGUGCCCUUUGAAUUAAAGCCCUCCUAUAAGGAGAACACGUACUCGGUUGUCACUAAAGAAUUUUUGGAUCGAGAGGAGGUGUCACAUUAUGACAUUACAAUAAAAGCUACAGAUUGUGGUGAACCUCCCUUAUCUACUGUUAAAACUCUCAGUAUUGAGAUAUCAGAUGUAAAUGACAACAGUCCACAUUUCGACCAAAAUCCAUUACAGUUUUACCUGGUAGAAAAUAACGUUGCUGGAAAUUCAAUAUUCUCUGUCAGCGCAACGGACAAAGAUUUGAAUGAUAACGCAGCUAUUUCCUAUCAUAUUGUGAGAGAAGGGAGUCAGAGUGACGUCAUGUCUUUCCUAAAUAUAAACCCAGAUAAUGGACACAUUUCCGCACUAAAAAGUUUUGACUUUGAAACAGUGAAAACUUUCCAGUUCCAAGUUGUCGCCACAGAUUCAGGAACUCCGUCACUAAGCAACAACGUGACAGUGAACGUGUUCAUUCUGGAUCAGAACGACAACGCUCCAGUCAUCCUGUAUCCAGUCAGCUCCAACGGUUCUGCUGAAGGUGUGGAGGAGAUUCCCCGCAAUGUCAACGCAGGACACUUGGUGACUAAAGUCAGAGCCUAUGACGCUGAUAUAGGAUAUAACGGCUGGUUACUCUUUUCACUGCAGGAAGUCACUGACCACAGUCUCUUUGCUUUGGACCGCUAUACAGGACAGAUCAGAACACUUCGCUCAUUCACAGAGACAGACGAGGCUGAGCAUAAACUGCUCAUACUGGUCAAAGACAAUGGCAACGUUUCACUCUCAGCAACAGCUACUGUCAUUGUCAAACUUGUGGAGCCCAGAGAGGCUUUUGCAGCUUCUGAUGUUAAAAGUGCAACUAAAGUUGACGAGGAGGACAAUGUGACAUUUUACCUCAUGAUAACUUUGGGCUCAGUUUCUCUACUUUUUAUCAUCAGUAUCAUCGUGCUGAUUGCAAUGCAGUGCUCCAAAUCCACAGACUAUACUUCCAAAUAUCUCCAAGAGGCUAAUUAUGAUGGGACACUGUGUCACAGCAUCCAGUACAGAUCUGGAGACAAACGCUACAUGUUAGUUGGACCCAGGAUGAGUAUAGGAUCAACUAUAGUCCCUGGCAGCCAUGCCAACACACUAGUGCUCCCUGACAGGAGGAGGGGAUCUGGAGAGGUAAGGCAUAUUUAA